AUGCAUCUCGUUGCCAGGAUGGACCGGGAUGUCCUCCACGGAGGGAAUAUCUGGUCUCCCAGCCCAAUCUUCCAGGCGGAGGUUCCUUUCUUUUGGCGGAAGCGACGGCAGCUUUCCAUUGGAGAUCUUCCCGUCGAGAUCUUUACCGCCAUAUGUCGCAAUCUCUGUGUGCAUUGCCAGCAUGCACAUGUUGUCGAUCUCCCGCCAGAUGAGAUCGACCACGCCAUUGAGGCUCAGCAGGCUUUAUCUCGCUUGAGCCGCACGUGUCGACGCUUUCGAAAUACGGCUCAGCCUAUCUUGUAUCACUGUUAUCACUCUGGACGACAGUCGAAUUCUUCGAGUAGUCCUGAGUGGUGGGGUGAUACUGAUGCAAGGAGACGAGAAGCUGAGACUCUUGAGGGGUUUCUUCGUACUCUUCUUGAGAGGCCUGAUUUGGCCAAGCAUGUUCGUGCUUUGGCAUUCUUUGCGUUGAGAGAAGUGACUGCUCGUCACAUCUCCAUAGAAACGCAAGCUCUAUUUCGACAAGCUGGUGAGCGCGCUGGUUUUCGUGCUCUACCAUCAUAUGAACAUGUUGACUCAAAGUGGUUGCAAGAAGCUUCAAUUAUGGCUGCACCAUUCGUGGAGCAACUCCUUAUUUACCGAUCAUCACAAGAAGGGCUACAGUACAUAAGAGACUCCCCUUUCUACUUACCAAAUCUCAAGUAUCUGGUAUUACCAGGCCAGGGCAAAAAUCCUGACGAAUGCUGCCACAUUCAACAAAUGCAGGAUGUCCUAGCCAAAGCCCAGAACCUUGAAGUGCUGGCAGCCAGUGACGCAGACUGCGGGACGGACAUCCCCCUUCGCGAACGCUUCCGGUCAGAACCAUGGGACACUGCCCUCGCAAGUCUGCGCCGCCUAUCACUCCACGGCCUUGACCCCGAUAAUCUCGCCAAAAUCCUUCGUCGGAGUCCAGUUCUCGAAGACCUCGAAUACUUCUGCGACAUGGACAAAUACACCGUUCUCCAACAUCACCACCUCGCCCCCGUUAGUCAAUCAUUACGACGUUUAUGCUACACCAGCACAACGUGGGAGCACACAUCGGGCGGCGCACAAGAUAUUAUCGAACAAGUGGCCACGUUUCUGCGCUGGGACUCAUCACUCCGCGGUGACGCAAGCUUCGUCGACUUUCCCCGUCUCGAAAUCCUCGAGAUUGAACAACUUCUCCUUUAUGGACCUGUUUUUGACGAUGAAGAAGAGCGAAAGGAAAGAUUCGAAGCGAUGAAAGAUAUUGGGCCCGAGAUCUUCAUGGCGAGUCUUCCUUCAUCAUUGCAGAUCCUUCAUAUAGGGAUGGUGUUGGCUUGGCCAGAGAUGCACCGAGACCUCCUUGGUAUGGCGGAGAAGGUAUAUCGAUUUCAGAAUUUGAGUGUCGUGGCUGUAGAUCCUUACGAGGCACCGCCAAAAGAACAGAUCAAAGAACUUGAAGAAGCAUUUGCAUCAAAAGGCAUUGUUUUCAGGAUAGGGCAGACGACACAAGUUCCCUUUGGGAGGGGCAUGUUGGGUGUCAGACCAGGCCACCCAGAGAGAUCGAGUGAAGGAGAUCUCAAGUUUCCGUUGAAUCAUAGGAAUCCGUCAUAUCUGGACUUUUUGGACUUUUAG